UCAGUUCCAAUGAACUCCACAUUUACAUCAGCUUGUUAUGUAAGGGGUGAUCCUCCAGUAUCUGUCAAUUGGACCAAGAAUGGAGAAGCUCUUGCAGGUAACAGCAACACAUUAGUCAUUAAGUGGGUGACUUUUGAUGAUGAAGGUAUCUAUAAAUGUGCUGCUGAAAAUGUGGCUGGAAAAAAUUACACCACCUUCUGGAUCGAUGUAACUGUGUCUCCUCAGAUUAUAUUGUCUCCAGUAAAGCAAUCUGUUAUCAAUGGAGACCCUGUCAACUUUACUUGCCGUGCCUCAGGUGUUCCAACACCAAAAGUGACCUGGACAUUUGAUGGUGGUAAACUUCCAUUUGGUAAUAAUCAAACCAAUGUUGAGGGAGACUCAUUCGUGGAAUCAUUCCUGGAAAUGCCAAACACAGCAAAGGAAAUGGAAGGACUAUAUGAGUGCACGGCAGAAAACAAAGCAGAUACAAUAAAUUCUUCAGUAACACUUCAAGUUUUUGGUAGGUUCUUUAAUAAAAAUGAUAAGGAUUGUAUAAUCGUGAAUUUAACAAUGAUUAUGAUAUUAACAAUUAUGGAUCCACUGUAACAAUAAGCUAUGGUACCUUCCUCUCUUGAGUUUAUCUCUUGUGCUGAUGCAUGAAAUACUGAUUACUCAGAAAUGGAGACUAAAGUCUAAAAGGGGAACAGAAAAUAACUGAGAACCUGUUAAGGCUGGUGUUUGUAAUAAUUGUUUUGAGUUGGAUUCUCAGUCAUACUUUUGGAAAUCAUCUAAGACAAGAAAGCCA